AUUGGAUUACUGGGCCAAAUAUUGUAAAAACCCGGAUUAGGCACCCAGAAAAGGGGGAAUCGAAAUUUAAAAGCAACAAUUUUUAGACCGCUAAACCCUUGCAAAUGGAAAAUCACGUAUUUUUCGGACCACCAACGCGUAAAGAAAUACUGCUAUACCUCAAGGACAAGAAGUACUCGCUCGUCAACAAUCCAUCACUAAAAUACCAAAUAAUAUUCAGAAAUAAAAUGGAUAACAAAUCCUUUUUUGAUGUUGCAAAUUUUAACUUCGUGAAGAGGUGUAAAAUUGAUAACUUUUACAUAAAAAAGGUGUUUUUGUUCAACGACGGAAUAACAGCGGGAAACAUCUACGGAUUGUUGCCAUUCAAAAACACAGAAAAAAAUAAAAAUAUCAUAAAUCUGUACUGUAGAAAGGAAUUAGGGAGGGAGGAAGAAGAUACAAAUUACGAAAUGAAAAGCAUUGAGGAAAAGGAUGCGGAUGAACAUGAAAUUGGAGAUGCUGGCACAGAAAACAAUGAUGUGGAAGAAAAUGGCGGGGAUUCAGCAGUUCGAAUGGUAAUUAGUGAUAGAAAGAUAGACAUUCGAACUGAUACAGCGAUAGAGAAUAAUUUGGAAGUGGAUGAGCCACUGGCGGCAAUGAACGACAAGAUAGGAAAGUUGUGUCUGGGAGACGCUAAAAUCGAGAUGGGUUGCAGGGGAGUGGAGAGUAGAAAGGUGAAUUUUAAUUUAGCAAAGAAUGAAAUAUUUGUUUAUAAUGGGCGGGAAGAGAAUAAAUCACUACAAAAUGAAAUAAAUGGCAACAGACGAGUGCUGAGUGAGAUCACGAACAGACAUGAUAGGAAUGCUAAGGCACAAAUAUCUAGGAACAAGUUAGUGGUCCAGAAUAACCUGGCUGGUGUACCGGGAGAUGAGAAAAGAGCACAAUAUUCCAGGUGUUCCGGAAGUAAAAGCAAAAAUUACGCAGAUCUGAAAAAGUUAACAGAACGAAAUACGCUUUUAAACUCUGGUUAUAAGACUGUAAUCGUGAAACAUUCCAAACGUGUAAAUUUCUUAGGUCAUACAAACACAAAAGGAAGGCAAAGUUCAGCCACGAAAAGAAAAACCAAAAUUUUAGUCAAAUUUGAACAGCGGGAUCACAUUCCGCCACAUAACAUUAACGGCAUCAGACCAAUGCUGGCUAAAAGCCCGAAACUGAAAAAAUUCAGAUCUCCGAAGGGCAAAAAGGUUGUAGAACUUAAGCGCACCAUAUCUGUGGACUUUCGCCCGAGUGGUUUUGAGUUUGAAAGAAAAAACAAGAAAAUGCGGAUCGAGUAAAAGUACCAUAAGUAAAAUAAAUAGCUGUAAAAUCAUGUUGAUAAUUGCUGUUUAUACAAAAAUAAAGCGUUUUAAUGUG